AUGAAUUUACCUGUGGUAAAUAUCGAACAGCUCAAUCAUCCUAACAUGAAUUUACCCGCAAUAGACAUCGAACAACAAAUACUAGAACAUUCAAAACCUGUCAAUGGAAAACGCCCAAAAGAUUUAAAUGCAUUCGACAUUUACUUUCGUUAUUACGUGGAACAACUUAGGGCACUCAAUCCUAAUAUUGACCUUAAUCUUAUUUCUCCGGCUUUGAAAGGGUUUAUUUUUGUACGUUGGUCAAAAAAUGAGCUUCCAGACGUGAAAGAAGAAUACCAAUCGAUUUCCAAACGUAUAAAUAAUGAAAGCAAUCAAAAUGCAUAA